AUGAGCCCCAUGGCCGAGCACGAUUCCAUCUCGCGAUACCACUCUGGCACCCAACAUCAAGAGAGUUCUCGGCAGACAUUGCCUAGGCUGAGGCACCUCGGGCUCCCUUCAUUUGACGAAUUCAGCUCCUUUCAAGAACCGCAGCAUCUAGAGUUCAACAAGAAGGAGAAAUCACAGAUACGGCAAGAGCAAAAUCGCCAUGCACAACGAGCAUCUCGUCAGAGACGAGCCGCUCGAGCCAUAGACCUAGAAGAACAGCUUCAGCGUCAAGACGAGGAGCACGAAGAAGGGCAGCGGGAGAUGAAUGAGACCAUCAAUCAGCUGGAGUUAGAGCUCGAAUCGGCGAAAGCGAAAAGCAAAUUACUGGAAGAAAUGUUGGAACGAGAGCGCAAGGAUAGGCUCGAGGUCGAGAAGCAAAUCGGCGCCAUGGCAGUGCCACGGCAUAUAUCGCCCCAAUCGUCCUGUCGAAGUCGCUCGGCUUCCGAGAAUCGCCCUAGCCGAGAAAGCAGCGACAGCGGAUAG